GCGGCGCCGGGCCGCUGCUCCGGCCCGUCCCCACGAUGCUGCUACUGGCGGCUGCCUUCCUUGUGGCCUUCGUGCUCCUGCUGUACAUGGUGUCGCCGCUCAUCAGUCCCAAGCCCCUCGCGCUGCCCGGGGCUCAUGUAGUGGUGACCGGGGGCUCCAGCGGCAUCGGAAAGUGUGUUGCUAUCGAGUGCUAUAAACAAGGAGCGUUUAUCACUCUGGUUGCACGAAAUGAGGACAAGCUACUGCAAGCCAGGAAAGAAAUUGAGAAGCACUCUAUCAACGACAAACAGGUGGUGCUUUGUAUAUCAGUUGAUGUGUCUCAAGACUAUAACCAAGUGGAGAACGUCAUAAAGCAAGCUCAGGAGAAGCUGGGUCCGGUGGACAUGCUUGUAAACUGUGCAGGAACGUCACUUCCAGGAAAAUUUGAAGAGCUGGAAGUUAGUGCCUUUGAAAAACUAAUGAGCGUCAACUACCUGGGCAGCGUGUACCCCAGUCGCGCCGUCAUCGCCACCAUGAAGGAGCGCCGCGGGGGCAGGAUCGUCUUCGUGUCCUCCCAGGCCGGGCAGCUGGGCCUCUUCGGCUACACGGCCUACUCCUCGUCCAAGUUCGCCUUGAGGGGGUUGGCUGAAGCGUUGCAGAUGGAGGUGAAGCCGUACAAUGUCUACAUCACAGUGGCCUACCCACCUGACACAGACACCCCCGGGUUUGUGCAAGAAAACAAAACAAAGCCUUUGGAGACUCGACUUAUCUCAGAGACCACAUCUGUCUGCAGACCGGAGCAGGUGGCCAGACAAAUCGUGAAAGAUGCCAUACAAGGAAAUUUUAACAGUUCCAUUGGCUCAGAUGGGUACAUGCUUUCUUCCCUGACCUGCGGAAUGGCUCCAGUGACUUCUAUCACCGAAGGGCUCCAGCAGGUGGUGACCAUGGGCCUCUUCCGCACGAUUGCUUUGUUUUACCUUGGGAGCUUUGACAGCAUAGUUCGUCGCUGCAUGAUACAAAGAACAAAAUCUGAAGCUGCAGACAAAACUGCCUGA